AUGGUUGCCAAUAUCUACUUUGACCCGCCUCUGUGGCUGCAGAGGCAAUCCUGGGUUCUCGGCAAACUCCGACAGGAGCGAUCCGACUCGGUCGUCGAUAUCGGCUGCUCGAAUGGUGUUCUGCUUUCGGCUUUGAUGCAGCCCGCUUUUCAGCUCGACCAAUUCCCCAUUCAUCGCUUUCCCGCUCUCGCUUUGCCCAACAAAGCUGCUCGCGCCACAGACGAUUCGGCAAGUGAUGCCCUCCUCUCUUCGCGUCACUGGAUCUACAGUCCCAACGAUAUCGUCUUGUCUCGCCUCAUCGGCAUCGACGUCGAGCGCAAGGGCCUCGAAAAUGCCAAAUCCAGCCUUUCGCUUCAUGGCCUCGCUCUUGCUAAGAAUCGUCCGCGCUGGAAGUCGCUCGAUGUUCGUCUCUUUCAAGGCCCUGUCGAGACCGAAAACGAUACCUUGGACGACUAUGAUGCCUUUGUCGCUACCGAAAUCAUCGAGCAUCUUGACCAAGCCGCGCUUGACCAAUUUGCACCCACUGUGUUCGGCAAGUAUCGCCCUCGCAUCGUCCUAAUCACAACGCCCAACUAUUGCUUCAACGACAACUUUGGCCAAGAUCUUCGCACUCGCCCAGGCUUUCCAGACCCCACGCAACGCACCCACCGCGUCUUUCGUCAUGGCGAUCACAAGUUCGAGUUCACUCCGGAUGAGUUCAAGAAAUGGUGUGAGACCAUAGCCGAUGACUUUGGCUACCAGGUGCACAUCCAAGGAAUCGGAUCCGGCAUCUACAGAGUACCCAAGGACCAGAUGGAUUCCGCUGCCCUUCAUGAACAGGGCGCCAACAUGUCAAAGACCCCGCGUCCUCGCACCACUUCAAACCCCGACGAGAGGCUUCGCUAUGCCACGCAGAGCGCCUUCUUCAUGCGCCACUCUGCCGAUCCAAGAGCAGCUCGCCGUCAACAACCGAACCGCGAGAGCGUCGACAACAGCGACUCGUCCCAUCCCUUCUCGGACCGCUACCUGCAGUCACUUUCGGUGCCCAAGCCCCCCGUUGAAACCCGAGUGCACGAUAUCUUUGACGAGGCCAUCAGUCGCGAAGGAGAUGAGAACGAAGAGGACGGAGACGAGCGAGGCAGAUCCGGCAGGCGUGCACGCAGUCGACGUAUCGAGAAUUUGCCCUUCCUCAGCAGCCCUUCGCCUCAGCCGUCCAUGCUUGCUUCACUUGCAGCUGCACCUACCUCGCCUAGUCCUGACACUGCCGAAACAGCAGAAGGUAGCGCUCCGCCCACCCCCUUCACAGGGCACAGACUGGUGUGGAGCCACCGGUACGAGUGUUCGCUUCCAGCGUCGCAGGUGACGGAAGCGCGCAAGCGCAAGAUCCAGACCGGAGUUCCUCUGCCUGCUGACGACAUUCUCGCCACAGUAGUCGAGAAGCAGCGACAACUGUAUGUUCACACUCAAUGGCACGGAGACGACGGCGCUUCUUUCGAAGCCGGCAUUGGCAAAGAAGCAGUGGCCAAGCUGUGGGAUGUUUGGAGUGACGAGACGGUGCGUGCGGCGUGUGCGGGACAGGUUGUCGCAUUGCUCGAUGCUUUGCGACUGGUUGCACCCGAUGCCGAAGCGCCGCUGCUACCCGAAGCUGGUGUUGCAAGCGGCUUCACUGCCAGUGCUGGUACAGCCACUGCUGCAGAGCGACAAACCACCGUUGUCGGCUCGGACGCCGACCGCUGGGAAUUGCGUGUCCAAACCAUUCGUCACAAUAAUGUCUCUGCCAGCCCGAACGCGCCGCACGACUUCGUGGAAUCUGACCUGUUCCUUGUUUACACGCAUCCCGAUGUGGCGCGCUGGCAAGCCGCGAUCAACGAGGCGCGCAACUGGGUUCCUCGCGAUUUGACACACAGAAACAACAGCAAUGGCGGAACCGCUCGUCGAAGCAGCUCGCUAUCAUCGAGCCACGAACGUGUCAAGCCACCCAAGGACGCUUGCAGCCUCAGCCCAACGCGCGAGUAA